AUGUGUCUAGAACUAAAAUUAAAUAGGCAAGUUUUCGUUCCUGAUACUCAAACGCUCUUGCUGACUGUGACAAUAGACGGUGCCCAAGACCUUCCCAUCACUGCCGAGGACCUUGAAACCAUUCGAUCCUGGCUGUGUCCAACGGAAUAUGAUUCGGAAGGGAGUGAAUACCAAAAACAUCUCAACUCCCACGCCCCGGGAACUGGCGACUGGCUGUUCCAAACAGACAAGUACAGGAACUGGCAUGAUUCUGGUCUUGGGGCCUUGUGGGUUCAAGGCAUCCCGGGAAGCGGCAAAUCAGUAGCCGCGGCCAAUUUGAUCCAGACCCUGAAAAAGGAGGAUGUGCCUGUGCUAUUCUUUUUUGCUCGGCGGAUCAUCAAGUCGAAUAGCAACCCGCGACAACUGGCCCAAGACUGUUUGUCACAGCUCCUUGAUUACAGCAUUCCACUGCAGGCUACCCUGAAAAAGCUUCAUCUGCAGCAUUCGGCGAUAGAGAGUGCUCCAUUCCAUGAGCUCUGGAGAUCGUUACUUUUCGCCCUUUCGACCCUUCCCAUGGUCUAUCUGGUUUUUGAUGCCCUGGAUGAACUGGAUACUGAGCAGUGCAACUUAUUACAAUGCAUCUAUGAGAUCGGGAAACAAAAGCCAGAAUCAAUCAAGCUUAUCAUGACCAGUCGCCCGAUACCCUCGCUGCAGAACGCCCUCAGGGGGCCGCACAUUGUCAGAAUCCGGCUUGAAGGAGGGGAUGUCGAAAGCGACAUUGCCACAUACCUCAGUCAUCGCCUCGCUAAUGAACAGCGGAGCGGAUUAACUUUGGAAGAUUGUUCGUUAGUCAAGGAAGUUCUCUGCCAAAAGGCAGCAGGUCUUUUCCUGUACGCCCGACUGAUGCUUGACGAGAUCAUCCACAAGCCACUUGCAGUGCGAGAGCAUCUGGAACAUCUUCCGGGCUCUCUGGAAGAUAUGUAUGUGAACCUCCUCCAUGAACACUCGGUACGUUCAGGAGCCAGUCGAAGUUUCCAGUUCUGGCUACUUUCUUGUAUCACUCACGCAAGUCGGCCCCUUCGCGCCACAGAACUUGCAGCCUUGAUCAAUUCCCGUAGAGACCGAAGCGGGCUCAAUGCUUCCCAAGAUGCAAAACUCAUGGCUCGCACGUCAUGUGGUCCGCUUCUGGAGAUAUUGGAUAACGAAACCGUCCAAGUCAUCCACCACUCCUUUACGGAGUUUCUGCUGGAUAGAGAACGCAAAAGUGCUGUAGAACCACCUCACUCCGACAAAUGGUUCCCGGCUCUUUCACCCAUUCCUAUUCAUCAAGAUCUGGCGAUUUCUUCCAUUGAUUAUCUGCUGUCUGGAUGUUUUGACUCGUGGUCUGUCAGUGAUCGCGGUGAAAACUUGGAAUACUGCUACGAUCACUCCACCGAAAGAAAUCUCAUGAUUCAAUUCCCCUUCCUCAAAUACGCAUCGCAGAAUCUGCUGUAUCAUGCUGCCAAAUGCAGGAUCAUGACGAAAGAACUGAUGUUGAAGCUGGAUGGUCUCUGCCAGUAUGGAGCUCACGAUUUCGAGAGCUGGAAGGACUUCCUGCUCGUACACAAGGCAGAAGGCAUUCCUGAUAAUUUUCGUGCGCUCCAUAUGGCUGGCAAAGCUGGGCUGGAAGGAUACAUUGUGCAUCUCAUAGAACGGGGAGAACAAGUGGAUGCUGUAGAUUCUUAUGGGCGAACAGCAUCUGCCUACGCUGCAAUGAAUGGGCAUGCUGGGACACUAGCAAACCUCGUGGCUAGCGCCCCCUGUUUAACCAUCUCUGACAAGGAUGGCCUGUUACCUGUUCAUCAUGCAGCUAAAGGCAACCAUGUCAAAGCGCUGCAGUGCUUGCUCGAUAUCGGUGCAGAUCCAAUGUCACCUAAACAUCGAGAAGACCAUGAUCACUUCCAUUUGCAAGACUCAACCAUUGGAAAGACACCAAUCCAAUACGCCUGCGAGCUGGGCGCCGCGGAUGUUGUCUCUGAGCUGUUAACACGUAUGGAUUCCUGUUCACGAAGCACCAUACUUCCGCACUAUGCCUCCGCGACAGGUCAAUCCAAGACCCUUGAAAUUCUGCUCCGGUAUCCUGAAAUUGUUGCCAACAUCAACAAACACAAUGAUAAGGGGAAGACGGCGCUGUUUCUUGCCGCAGUCGUCGCAGAUUCCGAGACUGUGCGCAUUUUGCUUUCCCAUGGAGCCGAUGUGCAUGCCAAAUCCCACGAAACUAAAUACGCCAGAGAUGGUCCCGGCUUUCAGUUUUCCAGCGAUAAGCCGGAAUUAAAUCCUCUUCAGGGAUGGGCGAGAAUCACGCUGUCCGGACGCGAGUCCCGUCCGGAUAACACUCUUGAAGAAUGGAAGAAAAGCGCAACUUACCUCAUCGAGGCUGGAGCUGAUGUCAAUUCGAGACACCGGUCAAGCCCUAUAUUAUUCGCUUGGGUGGAUCAGUACUUCUUGGGCGUGGAUCGCGCUGAUGAAUUUGUGUCCCUUCUUCUGCGUCACGGUGCCAAUGCGUGUGCCACUGAUUCUGACGGAAACACCGUGCUUCAUCAGAAUUUUAGGAUGUCUAAAGGACGCUUCCAAGCCAUCAAGAUGCUCACGGUGGCAGGGGCCGAUAUCAACGAAGCUCGACCUAGUGACGGCGCCACGCCUCUCAUCCUAGCGGCCAGGGCUCAAUGCACCGAUGUCAGCAUGUAUAUCAACAAUGGUGCGGACCCAAACCUGCAAGACCAUAAAGGAAACACGGCACUACACUAUAUAUGCACCUCGUGGUUGUUUGAGUACGAGGAUAUUCAAAAGUGGUUGAAAUUCGCAGACCCCACCAUCAAGAACAAGAAAGGCGCACUCUGUCUGUAUAACCUCCGAUAUGGAAACGGUGGAGAUGGAAGGGUGAACUCGAUUCCAUUGUUCAUGGACAAAGGGCUGGAUCUGGAGUCCCGGGAUCGACUCGGAAGGACAGCUUUGCUUGCAGCCUGCAACAAUGGAGAGUCUGAAUUCAUCACUGGACUGAUCAAAAACGGAGCCAAUGCCAAGGCCAGAGAUUUCCAGAACAAGUCCGCUCUUCACAUAGCUGCGCAAGUCAAGUUUUGGUCGGCGGAUGCCCAAGCUCUCAUUCAAGCAGGAUGUGACAUCAAUUGUGUCGAUUUCGAGGGCAACACGCCCUUCCAUGAUGCAAUUCGCCCGAGUGUCUUUCCAGUCACCUUAAAGACAAUUUUGGAGCUUGGUGGACUAGCAAACCUGACCACCAACCGCGGCGAAACAGCUUUGCAUAAGUUAGUCCGGCUGCCAAACGUGGACCCUGACAGCGAGAGCAUUCGGAUCAUCCCAGCUGUAAUAGAUUUCCUGCUUCAACCACACCUGGGUAUAAAUUUGCAUGCGGCAGAUAACGAAGGCAUCGUGGCCAUCCAUUGCGCUGCCUCUACAUCCGAGGCUUAUGUUUGGAAACUCUACCGAGCCGGAGCAGAUAUAAAUGUCCUGACGAACGAUGACCGAACUCCUCUUCAUUUUGCAGCAGGCGCUGGACAUAGCAGUGCUGUCUCUCUGCUCUGCAAGCUAUAUUGCGAGAAAUCGUACAGCGUGGAUCAGAAGGAUGAAAAUGGCCGGACUCCAUUGCACCAUGCGGCUCUGUCUGGGAACCUCGAGAGUGUCUACUCCAUAUUGCAAGCUGGGGCGAAUCCAAACAUCGCAGACAAACAUGGCUUGACGCCCCUACAUCUAGCUGCCGAGCACCAGGUCAAUACCUCGGCGUUCAGAAAGAACCGCAAGUACAGGAAACGACCUACGUGGGGAGGUUGUGUUCGGUCUCUCGCUGCGUACAUAAUUCCUCCUCCCAACACUAGACAAGAUCGUGUUGAGUGGGAUUUAAGCUUUGUGAUCUGUCAAGAAGAAGAAGCCCGCAUGACGCAAGACGUUGUUCGCUGCCUAUUGGCAGCCGGUGCAGAUCCAGCGAUAUGCGACAAUCGUGGGCAAACGGCAUAUGAUGUGGCUGUGUUUAUCGGCCACGAGGAAGUGGUGGAUGCGCUUUUGUCUUCACCAAAUCUUGGCACGAAAAACAGUCUCAUGCAUCGUUGGUGUUCUACCCGAUCCACGCACGCUGAGUCCAUUGCUCGAGGCAUCGAGGAUAAUAACACCGAUGCAUACGCCACCCUUCAAGCAGCUAUCAGCACGAGAAACGAGGCUGUAGUCAAGGCUUUAUUGGACACCGGACUUGACCCUAUGUCUUACGGGCCCGAGGGCUUGACUCCUGUGCACUAUGUUUCUCAUUGGGGCCUUAUGUCAAUGAUGAAGACAGUCGCGCCUUUUAUCAAAGACAUCAAUGCGUUUUCACCUCCGCUUCUUCAUGUUGCAACAAGCAGACAGCUGUCAAACCUCCAAAUGGUCAAUCUGCUCAUUGAACUUGGUGUUGAUGUGAACACCAAGUAUGCAGAACGUCUCGGCGAAAACCGGUAUUCCGGACACCAUCGUCCCGUAUACGCAGCCGCUCAUGUUCUUGCCGUGGGCGAGAACUGGUGGAACAUCUCGGCACUCGAGUCGAUAUGCAAGGCAGGAGCAGAUCUAGAAUCAACUGAUUCUCGUGGACGCACAGUUCUUCAAUGCGCGCUUUCUGGAGAUCGAAGUGGAUUUCUAGGGACUUCAUUUUGGCGUGAUGAGGCUCUGGAAGUUGUGUUGAAACACGGCGCAAAGAUCAACGCCAUUUCUCCUUAUAGUGGCUUGACGCCUCUAAUCUCCGCCUUGGAUACCAAAAGAGGCCUGAGAGUGAUCCAGAAGCUCCUUGACCACGGUGCUGACAUGAGCCUAUGUCCAGUGCCUCCCAUAAUUGUGGCAGUCGAGAGCGGUAACUGUGCGGUUGCAUCGGCUGUUAUUGACGCUGGGGCAGAUGUCAACAUCGUAUUCCACCGCCCGAACGACGAGGGUUAUUUUAGUAACUUCAAGGACGAAGAAGCGCCUCUUCUCGCUGCCUCUCUAAAAGGUGAUCGGGCAUCCUUAGGUACGGCGUCGCCAAGAAAGACCAGGGAGAAAAUGGUUGUGCUUCUUCUGGAACGCGGGGCGAAUCCCUGGAUGGAACUGCGCAAUGGAAAAUCCACUGUGUUCCAUGAAGUCUGUCAUAACCACGGGCUUAUUGCUCCGUUCAUCGACGCUGGAAUUGAUCUAGAAGUGAGAGACGCUGAAGAUCAAACGCCUCUCAUGAGAGCAUGCUCGACUUCGGCUCAAUCCCGCGUCGUGAAGGGUGAUUCUACGCCAAGCCAAUUGAUACUAGCUGGAGCCAAUAUCCAUGCCACGGAUGUCAAUGGAUCAACGCCCCUUCUACUUGCCACCCAAGCAGGCUUAAUCAAGACAGUGAAGCUGCUACUGGAAAAGGGCGCCAAUGUCUCUGCCACGAAUAGCGAAGGUCUCUCGCCACUUUACUGCGCCCUCAACGGAUCUAGUAUAAAAGAAGACAACAGAUUGGACCUCAUUAAUGCGCUGCUCUCUGCUGGUGCAGAGCUUCAAAUUACCGGUCCGAACGGAGACACUCCACUGCAUAUUCUCGCUCCGACGCUCAUGACACUCAGUCCUGACGGCGGCGUAUAUUUUCGUGACUUCGACAAGAGCUAUCUUCCUGCGUACCAAGGUCUAUAUGAACACUUCAUAGCAAAAGGCUGUGAUCCCAAUGCCCGCGACAAUGCCGGAAACACACCUCUUUUUCCGUACGUCAAACUAACCAAGUUGCGAUGCGACUAUUUCGCGGUUGCUCCCCCUGCGGAGUCCGAUGUUCGCCGGAUGUUUGGUUACCAUGAUGUAUUUGCUGUCAAUAACGAUGGCGAUACUCUGCUCCACGCGGUCGCCGGGCGGGAAGAUGAUGAAACCAGUGAACCUGAUGGACGAUGGUUGUUUCAGGAGUUGCUGGCACGGGGGUUGGAUCCGAGGAAGGAAAACAACAAGGGCAUGAGUGCCUUGGAUGUUGCUGCUGCUUGCGAGAGGCAGCUGAUCUUGGAUCUUUUUGCGAAAGAAGAAUAG